AGAUAGAUAGAUAAUGAAAUGUCAAUGUCAACCAUAUGUUUAUAAUAACCUCAAAAUUGAGGUUUGCUCGCUUUUGUACUGUUUUUAUUCAAUAAUAUGACCGGUAACAUGAAAAUUAAUGUGGAACAAGUGUAUACAUCUGUUGCCUGCAACCGCACUCCGGAAAUAACUGACUGGAAUGGACAGGGAGUCAUUUGUUUUGGUGCAACAAAUUCUGUUGUUAUUUACGACACGAAUCUCAGGGGCAAAGACCCUCUAAAAGUAUUAAGUCACCAUCGAUCACAAGUAAACACAGUAAAAUGGCUGCGUAAGGCAGAUGGAAGCUGCACUGAGCUGAUUUCUGGGUCAGCAGAUAAGACUGCUGCCAUAUGGACCAUAGAAGAUGGAGUAUGGAAAGUCACGAACAGUCUUGCCGGCCAUACGGAUGGUGUCACUUGUAUCCAUGGAAUUUAUAAUGGAGAUGAACUAUUAGUUUAUACAGGAUCCAUUGAUUCAACUGUACGAGUCUGGGAACGGAAAAAUGGUGUAACAGUACACAAGCAAACAAUAAACUUAAGCUCUGGUCUUUGCCUGACACUCCAUGCCCAUAUCUUACUGACUUCACACAAGCCCAUCCUGUUCUGUGCUCUGGAUGACCACAAGAUCCAUGUGUUUGUUGGAGACGAGUACCACAGAGCUCACAUGUUGACUGGACAUGAAGAUUGGGUGAGGGGACUUGAUGUGCAAGAUGUAGAUAAAUCAACAAUCAUGCUAGCAUCUGCCUCCCAAGACACAUACAUCCGACUUUGGCGGAUUGAGAAACAUGUAAAACAGCAGUUCACAAAGGGUAUCAAAGUGGAGGAGAAAGUGUUUCCGGCAUAUGGAGAAGAUUGGUCUGUGAAGUUAGAAGCUGUGCUGGCCGGGCAUGAGGGUUGGGUGUAUGGGGUGCAGUGGCAACCACCUGCCAUCGGAGAAUCAAGCAAAAAGCCAGUCUACAGACUCCUGUCUUCAUCACUAGACAAGACAGUCAUCAUUUGGGAGCCAGAGUCGUCUCCAAGUAAAGGGGAAGGGGAGGGGGUAUGGGUGGAGCGAGUAAGAGUAGGAGAAGUAGGAGGAAAUGGGUUGGGUUUCUACGGCAGCAAAUUUGGACCUGGUGGGAACUCAUUCUUAGCUCAUGGAUAUAAUGGGUCCUUCCAUAUUUGGAGGUGUUGUAAGGAGUCAGGACAAUGGCAACCGUCAGUGGUGUGUGGAGGUCACUUCAGUGCAGUGGAGGAUGUAAAAUGGGAGCGCCAGGGACGGUACCUCAUGAGUGUAUCGGCUGACCAGACCACUAGGGUGCAUGCGCCUUGGAGAACUGAACUAGGCACCGAAUGGCACGAGAUAGCUCGUCCUCAAGUACACGGCUACGACCUCUCGUCUCUCGCGCUGGUCAACAGCACGACCUUCGCAUCCGCCGCUGAAGAGAAAAUCAUCAGAGUGUUCAAGGCACCACACAACUUCGUGCAGAACUAUCGCAAUAUUACUGGAGAAGUUAUUGAGGGAGAUAGUGGUGGCCCGGAAGGCGCCGCAGUGCCGUCAUUAGGGUUGUCAAAUAAGGCCGUAUUCAUGGGGGAUGAAGAGCAAGGCGAUGGUGACGACGACAACGACGGGUACUUCGUGCCAGUCGAUAUGACAGAGCCCCCUACGGAGGAGACGCUCAUGCAGCACACUCUAUGGCCGGAGCUGCAGAAGCUGUACGGCCACGGGUACGAGGUGUUCUCCCUUGCAGCCAGCCCCGACGGGACCCUGCUUGCCUCUGCAUGCAAGGCUACUACUGCUGAGCAUGCCGCAGUAUUACUAUGGGACACCACAUCCUGGGAACAGAAACAAAGACUAGUUUCCCAUCAAUUGACCGUCACACAGCUAGCAUUCUCGCCAAACAGUCAGUAUCUACUCUCCGUAUCCCGCGACCGACGUUGGACCUUAUACCAAAGGCAACAAGAAACAGAUUCGUUUGAAAUAGUUGCGAACACGGAUAAAACGAAUUCUGUUCACACGAGGAUCAUUUGGUGCUGUGCGUGGACGCAGGAUAGUAAGGCCUUCGCUACUGGAUCUAGGGAAGGAAAGGUAUGCAUUUGGUCAGAGAUGGGUCCGACCAACACCUCCUUAGGAGCGUAUGGUCUUCUCGGCAAAGCCCUAGAAGUGAACAUAGCAGUUACAGCUUUGGACUUCGCCCCACACGAGGGUUCCGGCCUCAUACUAGCUGUUGGCUUCGAAACUGGUGUCAUCAGGAUAUACAACUUCACUGACGAUGGCUGGUUCCUGUUGCAAGAACUUGAUAAUAGCGCCGCACACCAUUUAGCAGUAAAAAGAUUGACAUUUAAACCUACUGAAGGAAAUAAAAUGUUGUUAGCGAGCUGCGGAAGCGAUCAUCUUGUUAGAAUAUACAGUGUUAAUAUAGUUUCUAAAUAAAAUAUAUUUUAAUAUAAAUAAUGUUAUUUUUUUACUUAUAAAACAGUAUUGGCUUCGAAAUCGUUAAUCUGUAUUCUAGAAUCGGACUAGAUAAACUUGUCAUCUUGAUGUGACGUCACGCCCUGUAGAUAAAUACGAAAUAUUGUUAUAAAUAA